AUGAAGCAUUUAGAUGACCCUGAUAUUGAUACACAAGAAAUACAAAUGUUCUACAACAUUAAAGAUGAACUCACCUAUUAUUCAGACAAUGUACUACUCAGAAACAACCUUAUUGUAAUACCAUCUGCUUUACAUAGUCAAGUUAUUGACAUUGCACAUGAAGGCCAUCAGGGCAUGAGCCGCACUAAAGCCUUCAUACGUUCAAAAGUAUGGUUUCCCAGAAUCAAUGAAAAAGCUGAAACAGCAGUAAAAAAUUGUAUUGCCUGCCAAGCAUCUUCUUACGACAACAGCUCAUCAAAACAACCAUUACAAAUGUCUGACAUGCCUCAUGGUCCAUGGGAAAAUUUAAGCGCAGACUUCUGUGGACCCUUACCUACGGGAGAAUAUCUGUUUGUUAUCACAGAUGAACACUCACGAUAUCCAGUCGUCGAGAUAGUAAAAUCAAUUACAGCAAAUAACAUCAUACCUAUUCUAGACAAAGUAAUUUCACAAUUUGGGUGCCCCAAAGUCAUCAAAACUGACAAUGGUCCACCAUUUAAUUCUGGCGCCUUCAAGAAUUAUGCACAACAUAUUGGAUUUACUCAUAGAAAGAUCACACCCUUGUGGCCUCAAGCUAAUUCACAAGCUGAAUCAUUUAAUAAACCAAUGAUGAAGUCAAUCAGAGCAGCACAUACAGAAGGAAAGAACUGGAAACAAGAAUUGCAAAAAUUUCUACGGCAAUACAGGAACACCCCUCACACCGCAACAAAGUUCACACCAUUCCGUCUACUAUUUGGCAGAGAUCCAAAAACAAAGCUACCAGAGAUUGAUAUCAAAAAACAAGAAGAAUCAGUUGUCACAAAGCAAGCUAAACUAAAUGAUCAAACAGCUAAAGACAAAGCAAAAAGAUAUGCUGACUCAAGGAAUAAAGCACAAUACAAAGGACUUCAAAUAGGAGAUAGAGUACUUCUAAAAAAUGAGAAGAAGAAGAACAAGCUGACAACACCAUAUGACCCGAAUCCAUUUGUUGUAAAAGAAAAGAAGGGACCUAUGGUAACUGUUACAUCAGCACAUAGAAAUGUAACAAGGAAUGCAUCAUUCUUUAAGAAACUACCCAGCUCUCCGCAACAGCCAGAACAACAGCCAAACCAACGUGCAAAAGAAACUGGAAAUCCAAGUAGACCAGUGAGAACGAAAAGGCUGCCAACAUACUUGAAAGACUACAUUACUUACUGA